UCUAGUUUGCAUCUUCUCAUGGGUCGCAAUAAGCUUGUGAUGAAGAAAAUUGAGGAUCCAAUAUCCCGUCAACAGUUCUAUUCAAAGCGCAAGGAUACCAUUCUUAAGAAGUCAAAUGAGUUGGCGGUCUUAUGUGAUACAGAUGUUGCGUUGUUGAUGUUUUCUCCAGCUGGUCAAGUGACCAUCUAUUCUAGCAAAGAAAGUGUUGAGGAUAUCAUGGUCCGUGCAAUGAACAAGUCUGUGAAUCAGCGACUCAUACUAAAUCCAAAUGAACAGCUUUUGAUGCAGAGUCUCACACAGUCAAAAUCUGAAGGCCAAAUGGUUGGAAAGAUAGCUAUUGCUGAGGCUCAUGGGAAGAAGCUUAAUGAGCUCAAAGAAACACUACGUGAAGCACAACAGAAAAUAAGGUAUUACAAACCGCAAGUGGAGAAUAUCAGCUCAGUCCAAGAAGCAGAUGCAUAUGCGCAGUUCCUUAGGAGUAAUAUGGAACAGAUUCAACAAUCAAAAGCAAAACUCUUGGGUGUCCAAGGAUUUCUCCAGAGAAAUGAAUAUCCCGCGGUCAACACAGAGGAUACGGCUGCUGCAGGAACCAGUAGGGGAUGGAAGUUUUGAGGAAACAGGCCGGAUCACGGUGGAGUAGUAGCUGCGGGUGUCCAACAGCUGCAGCAGGAAUAUAAUUAUGUUAAGAACUUAGUAGAAUAAAUAACUUGUCCCAAUCAGGCAAGCAAAAGUAUGAAUAAUGUUGCAUAUAGCUACUAUGUAAUGCAACUUUUAGAAUAUGACAUCAAAACAUAGGUAUUGUGUUUUGAAAUAGAAAACAGUUUGGUUUUUAUUUUGGUAA